UUGAAAUUCAAAUUAAGGUUGCUGUUAUACUUACCUGCAGGACCAGUCUUGACGCUAUGUCCGCUAUUGCCCAGAAAAUUCUUGUUGUGGGUGGUAAUGGGUUCGUCGGUUCUGCGGUGUGCAAGGCUGCUCUUGCGCGGGGUAUGGGGGUCACCAGUAUUAGUUCAUCUGGGACACCUUACCACACUCCAAAAGGCCAUACCCCAGACUGGGUGGAGAAGGUAGAAUGGCGAAAAGCUGACGCCAUGAAUCCCGACACAUAUGCUGAUAUUCUACCUGGCGUCAACGCAGUCGUGCACACCAUAGGCACGCUGCUCGAUAAUACACGACGCAAUACACUGUUUCACGACAAGGACUACGUGGGCUUGCUCAAGUCCAUCACGGGGAUCACCCCAGUCGAAGCACGUCAUCUGGGAGGCUACGACAAACUUAAUCGCGAUACUGCCAUUCGUGUGUGCGAGGCGUUCACCGCCAGUAAACCCAGCCAAGGAAUUACGGAUGUUCGCCCGUUCGUCUACGUUUCUGCGGAGGACUUUCACAGGCCUGCUAUAUCGGUGCGAUACAUAGAGACCAAACUGGAGGCCGAGAGCAAAAUCGACGAGAUCAUGAAAGAUCAUCCACAGUAUCGGGCAGUGCACGUUCGGCCUUCCAUGAUAUACGACCCCGAGACCAGGCCGAUGACAAUUCCGGCCAAUCUCUUUACUUUCUCGGCGUGGAUGCAUGCAGCUAUGCCGUCCUUUGUACCGAUGCCAGCGUCCGUCAUCCGCUGGCUUGGCACAAGUGUGUUCCCAAAAGCGACCGAGCAGACGCCUUCUGCGUUGGUAUCUAUUGCUACGCUGCUGAGCGUCCCACCAAUUCAGGUCGACCACUUGGGGGAAGCUAUCUGCGCUUCGCUGGAUCCUGCUAAAAACGUGAGGGGACCUGUCGGCGUACGCGCUAUGAGGGAGCUGAUUGGAUGGUCGAAAGGGGGGCCUAAUAUUACUUCGUCUGACUCUUGAUUGUUUGCUGAUAUGAUAGAAUAUGGUUCACUUUCCCAUCUAAAUAUAGACUUUCGCUGUCGAGAAUGCUAUCAUAUCGCUGGUUGAACUGGAGCAGGCUCGAAUGGCAUGAUACAUCUUGAAUUAGCACCAUGGUGGUACAUUGUACGCUCAUAAGCAGAAU